AUGGCGCCCUCCAACCCUUCAGGUGACAAGGACAGAUCUGUGCGUGUCCAGCUGUUCGCUCACGAUGCAGUCAAGAACAAGAACACUGCGCCCCUGAAAGCAUUCCGCCUACGAACGAAGGCAACAGCGACCUUUCACGACCUUGCGAACUUGGCGCUUGCAAGAUAUGCAAGGGAAGACCACGAAGUGGGCGAGAUUGGCUCUAUUCUGGAUGGUGCCGACUGUGCAGUAGAUCUGGAAGAGACUGUGGAUCUAAUCAACUCGGAUGAAAUACUCAAGCUGGUGUUGGCGCCCAAAGGCCAAACGGAGGUAAUCAGUAUAUCAUCGGACCAUAGCGGUUCAGAUGAACCUCCAACGACUGUUUCAUAUCCCCAUCCCAGCCAGCGACCUGCAGUGAAGAGAAGCCUCGCCAGAGGACCUUCUCUAACAUUGCCGGGGCCGCCUUCUCAAAGAUAUCAGCCGCCAAGUAGCCAGAAGAAGCCUGCUGCACCCCAGCCAAAUCCUUCACACGGCACGGCACCGUGCUCACAGACGUCCAUAACACAUCCGGAUGUAGCCUCAGAGGGCUGGGCCACUGGGGCGAAGUCCGACCCGUAUGAAAUCCCAUCGGACAGUGAGCAGCCCUCAGUCCGGAGUUCUUCUGUCCAACGAGGUCCAGACUUUUCAGGGAGACGAGGCCCAUUUCCUAAGCGAGCAAAACACCAGAACAAUUUCAAAGCUGCAUCUACAACAUCGCCAGUCGCAUCACGAGAACGUAGCAGUAUUCCACGCAACGCCACCAUCAUCACCAUCGCAGACUCUGUAGAGAGUUCGAACGAGUCUGCCACUCCAAUGAGCCAGUACAAAACAGCGGCUCCGGCGAAGCAAAACAAUGCAGCAACUGCACCUUCCCACUCUUCCUCCGCGCAUACUUCUCGGUGGCCCAAACACCGUGCCUCAGCUCCGUCACCUUCUCAGGAGCAGAUGGAUGUGUAUGCUGCCCGGCUACGGGCGGAAGAAGAAAAGGACAGGAAAGCCAGGGAGGAGAGAGCCAAGAAAGCAAACCGACCGAAAGAAGCCAUUUCUUACAUCAAGAAAAUCACCAAGACCAAACCCCGUCGCACAAUUAAAAAGGAACUUCCGAAGAAAUUUUUCCUGGAAUCCGACCAUUCGGACGACGAUUUUGGUGAAACAAUAUCAAGUCCGCAUCCAUUGGCCACUGACGACGUGCAUUCAGGCGGUUGUCAAGCUAGCGCUCGAUUGCCUCCACAGCUUCCUAACUCAUCAGGUUCAAGCAUCAAGCCAACAACCAGUUUUCGACCAAUCAACACAUUGUCGACAACGAGGAAUUCGGAACCACCCCCUGUGCAGCUCAAGAAGUUCGGGCUUGGCUACCCUCUUCACGUACGCGAGCGAUUCAACGAUGAAGACGAUGAAGACGUUGGGGAUACGCACGAGUUCACUCACUGGGUACAGGACUGUGUGACCAACUUCGUAGCCCACCCUGGUUUCUGUUCCGUCGCUGAUGGCCCUUUCAAAGGCCUGAUCCGUGGCGGGCCAGACGACGGCAAAUACUUGCCAGGGUUUUCAGCCCCAACGCAGCAACAUAUUGCUGAGAUGAGGAGGGCUGCUGUCCGAAAGGAGCGAUGGAUUGACAUGGAUUCGUCAGUGUCAGAUGCAGCACCUGGCGAUGCCGAAUCAGAGGACAUGGUCCAGGAAAGGCACCCUUUGAAAACCCCAUCCUUCACGCAAUCAGAACCAACGUCGAUUCUCAUCACGAAGCAGCUUUCGCAGGAGGAGCCGCCCUCGAACCAAGAGCUUGCCAUUCUCAUGAGCUCCAGCCCUUCAAGAGCCGGUGCAGAAUCCCGGCUGAUGCCUGUCACGGACCUAUGUACAAGUAAUAUUGAUGACACUGAUGCCAAUAAUCGCGAAGCCAGCCUUGAGCUCCCAACCUGCCUGCCCUCAUUCUUGCCACCCAACGCACCGGAGUGCGAUCGAAGUACACCAUCGCGGUACCAAAGACCGUCUUUCAAUGAUGCUGAUCUCGAUGUCACGCCUACAUUCGAACGGGCGCUGUCCCAAAUGGAGACACCGAGUACCCGGUCUAGGUCAGCGCAUACGUCUUCGGCGCCAAGCAAAAAGGAUGAUGAUAUUCAUCCAAGCUCAACCGGCCACCUGGUGGUUAAGAUCCACGAGCUUUCGGCCGAGAAGCAAGCAGAGUAUAGGAAGAUGCCUGAUGACUACAGACAGCCCCAGUUAGGGCGAAUCUUAAGACCUUUCAAAGAGAUUAACGGCGGCCACCGUGACUCUGGCAAUGUUUCGCAAGACUCGAGCACCUCUGCCAUCGAGCAUGUACUAAGAGAGUCGCCGAUGUGGCUUGCCAACAUUACUGAGCUAGAGCCACGAACACCAACAAAAGCUCCAACAAGUGCUUAUACCUUGAGAAGCAUGCGGUCAGGCACUGCCAGUGGCACAGAGAGUGCAACCCGGGGCAAGAAGCGUAAGGAGAUGGACAACGAGCACGAUGAUCCUACGUAUCGGGCUGCUCAUCAAGUGCGCGAGCCAGACCCUCUUGGUUGCCCCGUCAGGACCUCGUGCGCUGGGGCCGAGCAGGCCACGAAGACAACCCCACGAAGCAAGUCCAAACAGUCUGGAAAUGCACUUCGGGCGCCAACCACGACCUCACAACCAGAGCCUGACUUUGUGCCAGACACACCACAGAACAAAGCCGGGUUGAGUCUUAGUAAGCCGGAGUUCAUCUCAACCACGCCCAUUCCAGCACCCUCUAUCUCCGACCUCAUGCAGAAGAUCAGAGGAAAUCGCAACAUCCCUACCGCGUCAGGCACGACCGCUUCUCCUGUUGACAUCAACCGCAAAGGCAAACGUGCACACCGACACCGCGAAGUCCACAAGCGCCAUGACGGUGCACCGUUACAUGUACCUGCGGUUAAGGUCAAAUCCAGGUCGAAGCCUACGAAGCAUAGCAAGCAUCGGCGAGCAGAGAAGAACGGGAAAGAUAAGAAAUGCGAUAAGAAGUCCAGGAAGAACAUUUCCCGGCAACACAAUGAGGCGAAGGCGGCGAAGAAAGCCGAGCACAGAGAGCGGAAAAGGAAGCAUAGAUCGAUGAGACGUCAGGGGGCGGAGGAGCAAUCAGGCAUGGUCAAGGUCCAAAUGCCUGCUCAUAGGAGCGACCUUGAGAUUGAGGCAGAGAGGCCAACCACGGACCCCCUCCAGAUUUUGAUCAGCGACCGGCACCAGAAAAACUCGAUGGCACACGAAUCAAAGCGUCCAAAGGGCAGGAUUCUAUCGCCGCCAGCCACUUCGAGACCCUCUAGUGCCGGCUCUCGCAUGUGA